AAUGUUCGUAUGGACUUCGUGAAAUGUUCGUUGUUGCCGAGCUAGAUCCAGUUCUCUUACAUAGUAGAAGAAUGAGUCGAUUGCGUCAACCACCCUUUCACUGCGUAAUCCGGUAGUCAAUUGUGUUAAGUCUAUGUUUCGUUACGGGCUUCUAGUUCUUUCACCUUCGUGCCUCAGGCGUAAAUUGCCCGCUCUUUUGACCCAAGUUUCGCAAGAAGUUAACGGAGUUCUUUAUGUAGAUAUCUACGAACCUGAUUUUGUUGUCCAACGCGUUCGCAGUUUGUACGAGCUGUUGGUUCAUGUUUAUGGAACCGGCUCUUCCAAAAUCGGGGAGCUGGAUGUCCGAGUUUUACUACCUCGAACUUUGACCGCUAAUGAUGGUUGUACUGAAGAAGUAAGAAAUCUCGUCAAGUCGCCCGAGGUUGCUUUCGUUCGCGAUGUGUUUGAAAACGAUCAAUCGAAAGUUGGUCUUUUGAAGUUCAAGAAAUGGUUGACGAAACGUUUUCAGUUCUCCGAUCUCGACGGAAAGCUCAAGUAUUUGAAACUUGGAGAUGAGCUUAUUAGCGAGGGGGAAGUACAAAAGCAGCUCGGUAAUGAUCUGAAUGAUACAUGUCUACAGACUUACAAACAAGUGGUCCUCGGUGGAACGUUUGAUCACAUGCAUUCUGGUCACAGGUUGCUUCUGGCUGUUGGUUCUUUGCUUUGCGAACAGAGAAUCACCAUUGGUCUUAGCGAGGGACCUCUUCUGGAAAAGAAGGUCUUAAAAGAACUCAUCGAACCUUUCCAGGAUAGAAAGAGUAACUUGCAAGAGUUUCUUAAGGACGUAAAGCCAGGUUUGGAACACAACAUCAUACCACUGACUGACCCUGUUGGUCCAGCAGGAACUGACCCAGAAUACCAGUGUCUCAUCGUUAGUAAGGAAACAGAGAAAGGAGGAUUUGUGGUGAAUGACAUGCGUGAGAAAAAGGGUUUGAACCCACUUGAUGUGCAUGUGAUUGAUGUUGUCAUUGAAAAAGACAUGGAGUCAAACCAGGGAAGACACCACCAUGGAGAAGAGAAGAUGAGUUCUACCAUGGAAAGACAGAAAUUAUUGGGAAAACUUUUACAACCUGUUGCUAGGAAAGAAAGAGCACAUGGGCACCCUUAUGUCAUUGGUCUAACAGGAGGGAUUGCUAGUGGAAAAUCAUCAGUCUGCCAAAGGCUCAGAGGCCUGGGUGCCGCAGUCAUUAGCUGUGACCAGUUGGGACAUCAGGCAUACACACCAGGGAAGAAGGCUUACAAAGAAAUUAUUGAGAACUUCGGAAAUGGAAUUCUGACUGAGGAAAAGAACAUCAACAGAAGGGCUCUGGGCUCUGUUGUUUUUGCUGACAAGGCCAAGCUCACAUUGCUAAAUCGCAUCGUCUGGCCAGAAAUUUUGUUACAAGCCCAAGCAGAAAUUGCAAGAUAUGCAGAAGAAGGUUUCAAGGUUUGCAUCUUGGAUGCUGCAGUUCUUUUGGAGGCUGGCUGGGACAAAGCAACUGAUGAAGUAUGGGUGACAUUUGUCCCAGAAAAUGAGGCUGUGACGCGCAUUCUUUCAAGAGAUGGCAUCUCAGAAGAACAGGCUCUCAACAGAAUUAAAUCCCAGAUUAGCAAUGAAGAAAGGAUGAAAAAGGCAAAUGUUGCCAUUUGCACUUUGUGGGAACCUGAGUUUACUCAAGAGCAAGUUGAGAGAGCCUGGAGAAGUUUGAUUGAAAGGAUUUAAAUCAUUUCAACACUGUCUGUUGUCUGAUUUGGAGGACUCCCAAAAAAGUACUAGCAUUUUAUUCCUCCUUACAGUAAUCUUGCUGAAUCUUUUAUUAACAUCAGGAUAAUAAAAUAAGUGGUUGUUAAUCUAAGAAGCUUAGAUUUUUAAAUGAAGUCUUGUUAUUAGUACUUAAAGGAAAUUUAUAGAGAAGUGUGAAGAGAAUAUGGAUUCUCAUGUUAGGAAGUAAAGGGUUAAUAUUUUUA